UUCAGGACUGACUGCAUGCAACAGAGCUGAGAGUUCGUAGCACCACCAAAUAUUACUUACACAAAAGCAUAUCUCGUGUCUUGUUGGCUUUUUUUUUAACGCAGGUUAAAAACAAAUAGUCCUCCGUGAAGCAUUUCGCCGAGAGGGCCGGAAUACAAGAACACCAACUCUUAACAAUGACUGAAUCACAAGUCAACCCGAAGGCCUACCCGCUGGCCGACGCCACGCUCUCCAAAACCAUCUUGGACCUGGUGCAGCAAGCGUCCAACUACAAGCAGCUGAGAAAGGGGGCUAAUGAAGCCACUAAAACUCUGAACAGAGGCAUCUCUGAAUUUAUUGUGAUGGCUGCUGAUGCUGAACCCCUGGAGAUCAUCCUCCACCUGCCGCUGCUGUGCGAGGACAAGAAUGUCCCGUACGUGUUCGUCCGCUCCAAGCAGGCCCUGGGCCGGGCCUGCGGGGUGUCCCGCCUCAUAGCUACCUCGGUGACCAUAAAGGAGGGGUCUCAGCUCAAACCGCAGAUUCAGUCUGUUCAGUUGGCUAUUGAGAGACUGCUCGUAUGAUAUCUGUUGCACUGUGCCGCCGUCGCCUUGAAAAAAGGAAAAGACAAAUUCCUGAUUUUGUUUUGAUUUAAAGAGAAGAAAAGUUGCAAUGCAUGACGAGAGAAUAUGGAUGUCUUUCUUUUUUUUACUUCCUAGGACAGUGCGUCCAGUUCAGUGUAUCUGGCAUCACCUGAUUCAUAAUAAAAUACUUUUUUAUUUAAA